UACACGUUUUCUCGAAUCAACCACACACACCCCCAAAUCACUCAACUCUCACUCCCAUUCCAAUGCACAAACAAAUUCCGAACACAUCGUCAUUGAUAACAGGCGUUAUCUUCAAUUGAUUGACUUCAUUUUCCCCAAAUUUCACGAUCAGCAACUGUUUUCUUCACAAUUUUGAUACAGUUAUGAAGAAAUUGAGGAGCUAUUACAUGCAUUUGAAACAUCAACACACAAUAGAGCGCAAAUGGAUCUACCCUUUAGCUGUUGGUUCAAUCAUUUCGCUUUUUCUCCUCUUCUUAGCAACCCUAAGUUCACCGGACGGCACCCCUCUCCUCCCCCUCUACCGCUACUACGCCUCCGCUCCGGCGUCCGUGUUUGUAGAGGACAAGCUCCGUUCCCUUCCGGUUUCUACUCUUCCUCCUCCGCCUCGCUUUGCGUACCUCAUUUCCGGUUCCAAACACGACGGUGCUAUGCUGAAACGGACUCUUCUCGCCCUUUACCAUCCGAUUAAUCGGUAUGUUAUCCACUUAGAUGCCGAAUCAUCCCCUGAGGAGCGGCUUGAGUUGCAUCAGUUUGUGAAGAACCAUCCUGUUUUCAUGAAAUUCGGAAAUGUGGUGAUGAUCACAAAAGCGAAUCUCGUAACAUACCGUGGGCCAACCAUGGUGGCGAAUACGCUUCACGCGGCGGCGAUUUUGUUGAAAGAAGGUGGACAUUGGGAUUGGUUUAUCAAUCUCAGCGCCUCUGAUUAUCCCCUAGUUACUCAAGAUGAUCUUCUUCAUACAUUCUCUUACUUACCAAGGGAUCUUAAUUUUCUUGAUCAUACAAGUAAACUUCGAUGGAAAGAGUCUCACAGAGCUAAGCCUGUUAUAGUUGAUCCGGGGUUGUAUAUGACCAAAAAAUCUGAUGUUUUUUGGAUCACACAAAGAAGAAGUGUUCCUACAUCAUUCAAAUUAUUUACAGGAUCCGCAUGGAUGGUUUUAUCACGCCCAUUUAUCGAUUUCUGUAUAUGGGGAUGGGACAAUUUACCACGAACUACCCUUAUGUACUACACAAACUUCAUCUCUUCACCCGAAGGCUAUUUCCACACAGUUGUAUGCAACUCUCAACAAUUUCAAAACACAACAGUUAAUAGUGACCUCCAUUUCAUCUCGUGGGAUAAUCCUCCGAAGCAACACCCACACUACCUUACCGUAGACCACAUGCAAAAAAUGAUAGACAGCAAUGCCCCUUUUGCCCGAAAGUUUCAUCAAGAUGACCCGGUUCUUGACCGGAUUGACUCGGAGUUGCUUGACCGGGUGGGCCCGGAUGUGAUUGUUCCGGGCGGGUGGUGUGUUGGGGAUCGGGUAAAUGGGUCGGACCCGUGUUUGGUUGUGGGUGAUGUUAUGGUUCUUAGACCGGGUUUAGGGGCGAAACGGGUCGGGGAGUUUAUUAGUUCGCUUUUGUCGAGGGGGAGGUUUAGAGGAAAGCAAUGUAAGUAGGGGUAAUUUGGUAAAUAAUGAUUUUUGUAAAUAGUUGAAGUUGGAGUUGGAAAAUUAGUGGGUGUAGAGGUUGGAUUUGAUAGAAAAAAGAGGUGAAUAGAUAAUAUUUGAAAGAUAAAGAAAAUGUACAAAGUAUGUUGUUAUUUCUUGUAAUUUGUGAUGAGUGUCACGACUGUAACACAUUUUGUUAUAUAACAAUACACGAGGAGUAUGUUAAGAUA